AUGUGUCACCGUGAAUGGAUGUUGCACGGUGGAUGGUGGGGUAUGUCCAGAAGAGUAGCUCCGUUUGUGUUGGAGGGAAGAUGGUUUCGGGAUCUCACCAUGAAAGGCCUGCUGGAGGCUGAAGCGGUGAUGUCGAAAGAUGUUGUUGUUAAUUUUCGUGAGAAUUGUGUAUAUGGUUUAGAAGGAAAACAAAAGGAAAACAGAGUUUUAGCAUGGGUUGGUGUUGCAGUGAAGAUGGUGAUGGAUGUGGCUAAGGUUAAUGUUGUAUUGAAAGUGAGUUUUUUAUAUAAAAAAAUGAGUUAA